AUGCGUCCCACAAAUGACCUUAUAAGCAUCCACACCGUCAACAGGAUUGGCAGCAAAAGCAUUUUGCUCCUUUCCAAAAAGUCGUUCACCAUCCUUCUAAUAAGCUGGAUUCUCUUGCUGAUAGCAUCCUCAAAUAUAACAGAAGGCAAUUCCAUUUCGAAACACUUGGAUGAUCUUCUUGAUCUCGAAUAUUUGAGGCAACGCGUCAAAAAUGCAACAAGACUGAGAGGUGCAUCAAAGAAAUUGAAGUCAUUGAAAAAUUCACCUUCGUUACAAAAAAACUCGACGUUUCCAAAAAAAUACAUCACAAUCUUUAAAGUUAAUAAAGGCAGCAAACCCAAAAUUGUCACUACCAACAGAAAACAAACAAUGAAAAUUAUUGCAACGAUGUUCAAAAAUGACAGACCAUUGUUCAGGCAGAAUCGAGGCUUGCUAAACGGCAGUGACGUCAUCGCGACAACAACAGCUUUGACUGAUACAAAAAUUAAAACCGACGUUUUUAGUUCAAAGAUCGCAACAAGAAAAACACCAGCGACUUUUAAAAAGAAACCAGCACGUCUAACUGAAAAAAAUAAUUCAGGAAAAAUGAUUCCAAGAAAGAAAUCGACAAUAAAAAGGGUUCAAACAAAUAAGUUGCGUAGAAAAAUUCGAACCAAAAAAGUUGCCACAACCAAAAUGCAACCUGCGACGGCUGAGUUAAAAAAGGCUUACGAAUCAACGGCAAAAACCGUCCCAACAGCAACUGAACUAAAAAAAAACAUGGCAACAACGACAACAACUCUACCGACAAAAAUUAAAUUAAAACCAACCAACAUAAUAAAAAAAACUCUACCAACGACGAUUAAAUCGAAAAAAGUUAUCCGAACAACAACGCUAAAAAAAGCAAUUAAAACCAAACGAAAAAAAGUCAUUGAACUUGAGAAGCAGCAGGCCCCAACACCACCACACAAGAAUUCGAUUCAUGAUGAUUUUGAUGAAAAUGAUAAAUUUUUUCUGGUGAACAUGAAAGUUUCAAAGCAGAUUGUUUAUUUCAUAAAUAACUUUGAAGACAAGACAGGAUUCUACGCUCUCACCAUCAUCUCCAUCAUCACUCUCAUUUCCUCCGUCAUCAUCUCCAUCAACAAUCAUGAAGAGCUCUAUAAGCUUUACAAAUUUUUAUUCCUAGUUGAAUCAACGUUCGUCUUCUGCAACUACGUGAUGCGGCCUAUCGCUCAGUACAUCUUGCGGUCCAGAGACUGA